AGAUGUCUUUCCACAAGGACUUCCAGAUGAGUAUGGUUUUGUCGCCACUUUCAAGUUCCGCAAGUCAUCCAGGCGAGAAGAUUGGUACAUUUGGCAGAUCAUUGACAAAUAUGGCAUACCACAGGUUUCCAUUCGGUUAGAUGGGGAGAACAAAGCCUUGGAAUACAAUGCAGUUGGACUCACCAGAGAUGCUGUGAGAGUGGUCUUCAAAAACGGACAUGUCAAUGAUCUGUUUGAUCGUAACUGGCAUAAGAUUGCCCUGAGCAUCCAGUCCCAGACAGUCUCCUUAUACAUCGAUUGCAAACUGGUCCAGACAUUACCUAUUGAAGACAGAGAAAAUAUUGACAUCCAAGGGAAAACAGUGAUCGGCAAACGCCUUUAUGACAGUGUGCCAAUUGAUUUUGACCUUCAACGGAUGGUUAUUUAUUGUGAUUCACGACACGCUGAGUUUGAAACCUGCUGUGAUAUUUCUCCUGGACCUGAUUGUCAAGUGACAGUUGUUACAGAUGUUCCCACUCCGCUAAUUCCAUCGACUGUUCCAAAUGAGCAGAUUGGACCUACCAAGACAGUCAAUUGUUCCUGUACUCCAGGAGAAAAGGGGGACAGAGGCCUUCCUGGAUUUGAAGGACUGAGAGGACAAAAGGGAGACAUUGGACCAAUUGGACCUCCUGGCCCAAGGGGAGACAAAGGAGAACCAGGUGAAAAGGGACCCCAAGGCUUACCUGGUCUAAUGGGUGAGAGAGGAGAAAGGUCUGGGGAUGUGUGGAGAAAGGAAAAGAGAAGAUUGAACACAUUUGAUGGCAUUUUUAAGGAUACUGAGACACGAGCAAUUGUUUAUCUUGAACUGCUCAUGGGUUCCAUUGGUGCAUCCGGCAUCCCAGGGAACGAUGGAGCCAAAGGAGAAAUUGGAGAACCUGGUCUUCCUGGAGCAUCUGGCCUUCCUGGACCAUCUGGACCAAAGGGAGAAGAAGGGCGUCUAGGUCCCCCAGGGCGUCAAGGUUAUGUUGGAGCACCUGGUUUGCAAGGGGAAAGAGGAGAAAAAGGACCCCGUGGUGACAAGGGAGAACAUGGCCUUGACGGUUUUCCUGGGAAGCCUGGCUUGGAUGGAAAACAGGGUGCCAAAGGAAGUCCAGGUCAACCUGGACCUGUAGGACCACAAGGAGAGAAGGGUGAAAUUGGAUCUCCUGGAAAACCAGGCUCAGCAAUCGAAGGCUUGAAAGGAGAUCAAGGAGCUCCUGGCCCACGGGGACCGAUGGGGCCUCCAGGAACUCCUGGUGUUUCAGGACCACCUGGACCAGAAGGCAAGAUGGGAUCUCCAGGUCUACAAGGUCUACGGGGUAAGAAAGGAGAAGCAGGUCUCCCCGGAGUUGAUGGAUUAUCUGGACCUGCUGGUCCCCCAGGACCUCCUGGAAUUUCUGGUUCUCCUGGACUNUGCAUCGUUGGGUGCCAGGGUCAACCUGGAGAAGCUGGCAGAAAUGGUGAACGAGGACCACCCGGUUUACCUGGAAAAUCUGGUCAAGAUGGUUUACCUGGCCUUCCAGGCUCAAAGGGAGAACAAGGGGAAAGGGGAGAAGCUGGUGAAGCAGGCUCCAAGGGUGAAUCAGGCCCUCCUGGACCCACUGGCAUAGUGGGGGAGAGGGGUGAAAAAGGAAGAGCUGGGCUCACUGGCUUCAAAGGUGAGAGAGGAGAAAAGGGUGAAAUUGGUGCUCCUGGUCUCCCAGGUCCACCUGGAAAAGUUACCUCAUUUACACCAAGGCCUAGUAUUCCUGGAGAACAAGGGCCAAAAGGUGAAAAAGGUGAUCGUGGAGAAAGAGGUGAACCCAUUGAGAUACAAAAUCCAAAGGAAAAGAAAAUUAACAAAGACCAAACAAAUCUAGACAAUAACAUUAAAAAUGGAGAACCAGGUGUUCCAGGAAAACAGGGACCAAUCGGACCUGCAGGGUCAGAGGGUCUGAAAGGACAAGAAGGGGAAGUAGGUCAUCCUGGACCUCCAGGAGAAAUUGGUAUCCCUGGACCUGCAGGACCACCUGGCCCACGUGGUUUGCCUGGGAAUGUGGUGCGUAUACAACGGCAAGGAAAAGCCAGUUAUUUGGAAGAAGAGCAGUUGUGCCUUUGUUCACCAGCUAAAUCCACACUGAUUAUCCUGGGUAUACCAGGAGCUGCUGGUCAGCCAGGAACUGAUGGACAAAAAGGAGAAAAGGGAGAACCUGGUAAGGAAGGAAAACUAGGUCCACCUGGGCCUACAGGUGAACCAGGAGCUGUUGGAGGACCUGGAUUACCUGGAAAGGGUCGAGAUGGAGAAAGGGGUGAAAGAGGUCCACCAGGUUUACCUGGAACCUUUGGGCAUAAGGGAGAUCGAGGUGCUCCAGGUGUUCCAGGUCAACCAGGAGAUAGAGGAACCCCAGGUGUUGGACUUUCAGGGCCACUAGGUUCUCGAGGUUUACCAGGCAUCCAAGGUCCUCCUGGACUGACUGGUCAGGAUGGUUCCCCUCCUAUCCUUACCCCUGAUGACGUCAGACUGUUAGUUAAGGAUAUUUGCACUGAUUGUCCCCCUGGGCCAUCUGGUCUCCCUGGAAUGCCAGGACAGAAGGGUGAUAAAGGCCUUCGAGGCUCACCUGGGAGUGAUGGACCAGUUGGAAAAAGGGGAGAACCUGGACUCAGAGGUCCCCCUGGAACUCCAGGAGGGGAAGGUCCCAAGGGUUCUAAAGGAGAGGAUGGGGCAUCUGGUGAAGCUGGACUGAAGGGUGAACAGGGUCAUCCUGGGAUGCCUGGCUUCAUGGGUCCCCCUGGGAAUCCAGGCCCAGCUGGAGCAGAGGGCUCUCCGGGACCUGUAGGCUCUCCAGGACCUCCAGGAGAAAUGGGGAAAGAAGGUCCCCCAGGACCUCAGGGACCCCCAGGAUUGCCUGGACUCAUGGGUGUAGCUGGAAAUGAUGGCAAAGAUGGCAAGCCAGGAUCACCGGGGGAACCAGGUAAACCUGGAGAACCGGGGCUACCAGGCCAAGAAGGUGCCAGAGGACCACCAGGUUUUAAGGGUCCAAGAGGAGAUGCAGGAAGUCCUGGCAUGAGAGUAAGUAAUAUAGAUAUGCAUGAGUAUAAUUGGGUGCAAGAAUGUUUUUUGGGGGAGGUCACUGUUGCCCCUUAUAUCUUUGGGGAUGGAGAAAAUGGAAUCCACUGGAUUUCUGAAGAAGAAAAUGGAGAACAGGGUCAACCUGGAACUCCGGGCCGGGAGGGGCAAUCAGGAAAAGAUGGAGAUCCAGGGCCUGUGGGACCAGAAGGACCCCGAGGACUUCGAGGAAUAGCAGGCAAAACUGGACCUCCAGGUGCUACUGGGGAAUCUGGUCCUGCAGGUAACCCAGGCUCCAAGGGAAGCAAAGGUGAAACCGGUAGCCCAGGCGUUCCUGGUUUCAUUGGGCCACGAGGACUUCCUGGCACCCCAGGGAAUCCAGGAGAACAUGGACAAAAAGGGGAUAGGGGAGAUCCUGGAGGCAAAGGUGAAAAAGGCCCUGCAGGAAUAAAGGGACCACCAGGUGAUCCAGGAGUUCCUGGCCGCAAAGGACACACAGGAUUAAUGGGUCCCCCGGGACCAUCAGGAGAGUCAGGACAAGUUGGUCCUCCUGGCUCUCCAGGACAACCUGGUUUUCCUGGGCCGAGAGGAGAUCCUCCAUCAACAGAAACAUUGCGAAGACUUAUCCAAGAAGAGUUAGGAAAACAACUUGAUGCCAGACUGCCCUACCUCAUAAGUCAGUUGCAGCCUUCCCAGAUCAAAGCACCUCAAGGUAGACCAGGACCUCCUGGAUCACCUGGAACAGAAGGUCCUCCUGGUAGAGUCGGCCCUCCAGGACAACCUGGCAGACCUGGACAACCAGGUUCAGAAGGUCCGUCGGGACCUAUGGGACCAAAAGGUGAUGGAGGAGAGAAAGGAGAGAAGGGAGAUCCUGGCAUUGGCCAGAGAGGUGAAACUGGUCCCCCAGGAGUAGCAGGUAUUCCAGGUGAACCUGGCUAUGGUAAAGAUGGACUUCCUGGAGCACAAGGUCCUCAAGGUGAAGCUGGGUCUCCUGGCCUUAUGGGCCCCCCAGGACCUUCAGGGGCCAAUGGACAAUGUGACCCCUCCCAAUGUGCUUAUUACGCAAGCCUAGCCGCUCGGCCCAGCAACAUCAAAGGACCUUAA